AGGUGCAUAAUAAAAAGGUGGUAUCCUGUGAUCUCAUAUUUCUCAAUUCUCAUCCACACAAACCGCCAUCGACGAAGGCCUCGCUCUCAUCUCAUAAUCAUAUCACCUCCGCGGAAGCAGUUUCGCUUCCCUUCCUCCUUCCUCGAUCUUCUCCGAUUCCGAAGCCACCGUCAAAAUGAACGACACAGAUGUCUCCCAGCAAAUCCAGCAGAUGGUCAGGUUCAUCCGCCAGGAAGCCGAAGAGAAAGCCAACGAGAUCUCUGUCUCCGCCGAAGAAGAAUUCAACAUCGAGAAGUUGCAGUUGGUUGAAGUCGACAAGAAGAAGAUCCGCCAAGAGUACGAGCGCAAGGAGAAGCAAGUUGAUGUUCGCAAAAAGAUUGAGUACUCUAUGCAGUUGAAUGCUUCUCGGAUUAAAGUUCUGCAAGCUCAAGAUGAUGUGGUUAAUAAAAUGAAAGAAUCUGCAACCAAGGAACUUUUGAAUGCGGGCCGUGAUCAUCAUGUGUACAAAAACCUUUUAAAAGAUCUCAUUGUUCAGGGUUUGCUGAGGCUCAAAGAGCCUGCUGUCUUGUUGCGAUGCCGGAAAGAUGACCUGCAGUUGGUAGAGGCUGUGUUGGAUUCUGCUGCAGAGGAGUAUGCUGGCAAGGCAAAUGUUAAUCAGCCAGAGAUAAUUGUUGACCACAACAUCUAUCUUCCAUCUGCCCCCAGUCAUUAUGAGUCUCAUGAGCCAUACUGCUCUGGAGGGGUGGUGUUGGCUUCUCGAGAUGGAAAGAUUGUGUGUGAAAAUACACUUGAUGCCCGUUUGGAUGUUGUGUUUCGUAAAAAACUUCCAGAGAUCCGCAAGCAGCUCUUUGGACAAGUUGCUGUUUGAAGUCUUUGGUUGUAUUGUUUCCUUGCCCCUAGAAUAUUUAUAUUUUUCUGCAGAGAUUGUCUAUGACCGGAAGAUAUGUCGUGCCAUUGCUCCUGUAAUCUCAGUAUUGUUAUCCUUUUGUUACUUCAAUUUUUUGUGGCAUUCGCUUCACAUCGUAUUUGUUAGGGCAUGCGAUGUCGUAGAAGUUAUAGUUAUAAUAAGUGCUCGCUACAAUUUGUUGAUGUCUUUAGCUUCUUUGGUAUUUAAGUGGCAGAUAUAUUGGACAUUGCUGUUGCGUUGUGGUAGAACAACAACUGUUAUCUUCUGGUGUUCAUCGUGCAAAUAAAUAAAGCUCAUGAAGAAUUAGUGAAA